AUGUCAUUUGCACUAAGGUUCGGUGCAGUAGCAUCUCACCAACAACUGGUAUGGAAUGCACUUCCCAGAGUUCCGCAAAUCUCCAUCCGUCUCGGUCUUCUUGGGCCCUCAUCCAAUCCAUCAUCAUGUCCUCUUGACACCAAACACAACCACCAACAUCAAGAUAGCCGCUUGGCGGACUUACAAGAACAACUUGAAUCAGACACGUCUGGUGAGCCUCCGUUCAUGAUUGAUAAUGGUACGAUAUUACGAGCAGCACCUAAAAAGAAGAUGUCGUAUCGAAGAAAACGAGUCAAGUUGUAUACACCAGGAAACAAGCAAAUUCAACCUUUGAACAAUAUAGUCAGAUGUCCAGCAUGUGGAGCUGUGAAAAGAUCACAUUUUAUGUGUAUGAAUUGUUUUGUUGAAAUUAGAUCUUUUUUGAAAAAAUUGAAACGUCAAGAUGGAUUGAUUAAAGAUGUUAAUAAGAACCCUCAACUGGAUUUAGAUCCUGUUGAUGAAAGAGUCAUAUAUCCUGGUAAACGUGAAACUGAUUACGAAAGGGAAUUGAAGAGAAAAGAAUGGAUACCUCAAAGAGAAGAGGCGUUGUUGUUUGAAAAGAAUCAUAUAGUUCAUAAAAAGAAGUAG